UGUUUUCUUUUCACUCGCUAACUGGUGACCUUUUGUCGGACAUAUUUUCACGGAUUACUAUCAUAGUGAAAAUGGCUUCGUUAACUUUGUGUGGUCGUUUAUUAUCCCGUUGUGCGUCUCGAACAACUAUCCCUCUUCGCAACAUUUCAAAAACUAGCACCAAAUUCGAAAAAUUGCUUGACGAUCCUUUAAAUGUAGCAACUGGUCUGGAGAAGAGGGAGUUGCUAGCUCAAACAGCUGGUAAUGAGAAUCCUUUCGAUUUGAAAGUAUUGAAGAAGGAAAAGGGCACCAAGGACUGUCCGACUGAGAUUCCCUCAGCUUUCGACUCUAGAAUCAUCGGAUGUAUAUGCGACGAUGACGCUCCAGCCAUCUCAUGGAUGUGGCUCCACGCUGGUCAUCCCAAGCGCUGUAUGUGCGGGCAUUGGUUCAAGCUGUCCUACAAGCCUCCUGUAUAAUAGAUGUAACCUGCUUAAGAUAAGAUACUUGUAAACCGACACAAACAGUAUCUUGUAGUAAAAGUCUACCUGCCUGACACUGCGGCUAGAGUUAUCGACAAUUUAACUUAUGGUCCUUUGUUAAUAAAAUAUGUUACGUUCA